AUGUCUUGUGCUUUGGGGGGGCACUUAGUUUUGGCAAGUGUUGACCAUUCCUCACAUCUGUCGGGAAGGAGGUGCAAGUGGCCUUUUCUCUUACGGCUCUUGAGAGCUCAUUUUGGAUUUGGCAGCUCGGAGGCCGACUUGGAACAGGUGAAGUGGGAUGUGAAGAACCGGGCUGAUUCAGAUGUGACAGAUGCUUAUCUCAAGAUCAUUGAAGAAGCGGCACAAUGCACAUUUCCAGAGGAGUGGGAUGCUCAACUCUUGGUGGACUGUGGGGUAACUGCUGAAGGGCAACGAUUGGUGAUGUUUACUCCAGGUUUUCUCCGGCCCAUCCUGUCUGAUGACGAUGAGUUGGAUAGAGCCUUUCGCUUCAUCCUCAAGCAUAUGCACGACAUUGCCAUGCAGAGCAAGUAUGUUUUUGUCUAUUGCUGCCUUGGCAUGGACUGGUCCGCACCUGUGCUCGCAGAAAGACUUCAAAUAGCUUUUGACAUAUUGCCAAGAAAAUACACAAAGAACCUGAAGAGGUUCUACGUUCUGCACGGGAACAAUGCGACCCGUGUGACAAUGUGGUCCUAUUAUGCUUGGUUGACACCGCAGUUCUGGGAGAAGAUCGAGUAUGUGAAUAGCAUUGAGAAGAUUUGCGAGGAUCUUUUUCCAAACAAUGACGCCCUGCAAGCCGAGUUGCGCAGACGAUUUCCACAGGUCAUUCAGCGUCAAGAUGCUACUUUGAACGGUGAUGAUCCUCCUGUAAACUUUGGCGCUCCUAUUAGGGCAAUUUGCAACACCUUUGGCGUAGACUACAUGGAUAAGACAACUGGCCGUUGGUAUCCCAAGCUUCCACCUGCAGUCAUUUUCUUGUGCGAGGCUCUUGAAAGGUCAGCUGCUGAUGAAGAAUUCGGACGUCUUUUUGAUGUCGAUGGCAAAAUCUUUGACUUGUUGAAUAUCGUGGACACGGGCAAUCCUUUGCCCCGCGACUUGGACCCUGCCUUGCUAUGGUGCUGCCUGAAGGCAUGGUUGGACUGUUUGCCAAGUCCGCUUCUUUCCUUUGAGGCAACGGGGUCAAUGGAAAGCGCUAAACAGCCGCUCAGAAUCUCUGGGAGCUUGUGA